AGGGCACUGCCAAGAGCCGCGUGCAGGACGUCGGUUCUGAGUACCUGCUGCGAGCAUUGCACCUGUUUGGACCCACGGUGAUCGUGUCCAUCGGUCGGUACUGUGAAGACCGCGUAAAGGUGCUGGUUCGGCAGAAUCUUCUGGACCAAACUAGGGUCAAGCUGCUUUGCAUGCCCCACCCGAGUCCGCGCAGUCUGAACAACACAAACUGGGCGGAGAAGGCCCGCCAGUGGCUGGUGGAUAACGGAGUCAUGCCGUAUCUGAUGCCUUAA